GUCACCUUCAUUGAUCAAAAUGAAUUCCACACGUAUCAUCAGAUCACCUAGCUUUGGUGUGUCUCGCUGGUAUAGCUCUUUUAACAACACCAGACUUGGGCCCUCGGCUUUGAGCUUUUUUCAGAAGGAACGCUUGCCUACAAACACAUUAGUCAAAUUCGUUCCACAGCAAACAGCCUAUGUUGUGGAACGAAUGGGAAAGUUUCACAAAAUCUUGGAGCCAGGCGUAGCUAUCAUGAUACCUAUUCUCGACAAGAUCACUUAUGUCCAAUCGUUGAAAGAAACAGCGAUCGAAAUUCCUUCGCAGAAUGCCAUAACUUCAGACAAUGUGUCUUUAGAAUUGGACGGAAUUUUGUACGUCAAAGUGCAUGAUCCUUACAAGGCUUCAUACGGUGUAGAGGACUUCAAGUUUGCAAUAAGUCAGUUGGCGCAAACUACCAUGAGGUCCGAAAUUGGGUCAAUGACUUUGGAUUCUGUUUUGAAGGAGAGACAACAUCUAAACAGUAAUAUCAAUGGUAUCAUCAACGAAGCUGCUAAAGAACACUGGGGAGUUCAAUGUUUACGUUAUGAAAUAAAAGAUAUACACCCACCCCAGAAUGUUUUAGAAGCGAUGCACAGACAAGUGAGUGCCGAAAGAUCUAAGAGAGCUGAGAUUUUAGAAUCCGAGGGAACCAGACAAUCUAAAAUUAAUAUCGCAGAAGGUGAAAAACAAUCCAUGAUCCUCCAAGCAGAAGCUACAGCGAUAAGUAUUGAAAAAAUCGCGAAUUCAAUCAAAAAUACACCAGGAGGUAUGGACGCUAUCAAUCUUCAAGUUGCACAACAAUACAUCAAGGAGUUUGGUAAAAUUGCGAAGGAGACCAAUACAAUUGUGCUUCCCUCGAACUUGAAUGACUUAAAUGGCCUCAUGGCGACUGGCUUGUCGCUUUUCAAAUCAAUGAACAAGCAACAGACCGUUACAUCGUCUAAAUCAGAAAAGUGAUAUUUGUAAAUAGAAAUUAUACUAAAUCCUAAAAAUCUGUGCGCUGAAUCUCCACCGUUUUCCCUUCAAAAACCUCAACAGUUCACCAAAAUUUGAUCACACCUCAUCCACCUUCUCAAGGUCUAGUGUGACGGGCAAAUUCGAGUCUUUUCUCGACCUCUUCUUCACGAACUUUUUCCCCUUGAACUUUGAAUAAAGUCUUUCAGAAAACUUUGUGAAAU